AUGGAAUCAAUUUACAAAUUCUUUGGUGGACCAUUAAAUCCAAAGAAACCAGCAGAAUCAUUCUUUCUACAACUGUGGUUCCUAAAACGACUUGGUCUUUGGGCACCUGAUACUGAUAAUAAAUUAAUUCAGAAGCUGUACACAGCAUGGUCAUAUUUUUAUCGAUUCUUUUUCCUCUUUACAUAUACAACAACACAGAUUAUGUUCUUUAAGGAUGCUGAGAAUAUGACGGAUGUUGCCGAGGGUUUCUUUCUAUUAUUGACACAAAUUUCGUUAACUUACAAAGUCGAGAUGUUCUAUAGAAAUAGACAUAGAAUAAAGGCAUGUGAAAAGCUUUUAAGGAGCACAUUAUUUUGUCCAAAGAAUGAUGAGGAAGAUGCAGUAAUUAAAGAAUCGAUGAUAUUGACUUUUGUGCUAGGAAUGGCUUUUCUAGUUCCUGCAUUAAUGACAUGCUCAUCAUGGGGACUCAGCUCAUUGUUAGCAAAGGAAAUUUAUUUACCCAUCGCUGCUUGGUAUCCAUUCAGCCACAAUAAUUCGUUCGUUUUUGCAUUGGUAUGGAUUUAUCAAAUUUAUGGAAUUUACAUGUCCGCUUGCUAUAAUGCCUCAACUGAUACCUUUGCAUCAUCAAUGAUAUCGCAUGCUAAUGGCCAAGUGCAGCGACUCGGAAUUCAAUUGAAAAAAAUUGGAUACAGCAAUGAAGACGAAACCAUCAAAAAGAAUGUAAAAGCACUCAAAAACAAAUCAGCCAUUAUUAGUGAUGAUGAUGAACGUAUGAUUGAAAUAAAUAAGCAAAUCAGUGCAUUAAAGCGGAAGCAUGGAGAAAAUUAUGGUGAAGUCAUUCGAUGCAUUAUUUAUCAUGAGGAAAUAUUAAAAUCAUCUAAGGACAUUGUAUUAUCUGCUGGUAUAAUUUUUGAAGUUCAUCUUAGUUUGCCGGUAUUUAUGGGCUUGUGGCUACUAAAGAGACUCGGUCUUUGGGCACCUGAGACUGAAAAUCAAUUGAUUCAAACGUUAUAUACAUUAUGGUCGUAUUUUUAUCGAGGCUUCUUCCUUUGGAUCUAUACUCUGACGCAAAUCAUGUUUUUUAAAGAUGUUGAGGAUAUGACGGAUGUUGCCGAGGGUUUCUUUCUACUGUUGACGCAAAUUGCAUUAAUAUACAAGGUCGAGAUGUUUUACAGAAAUAGACAUAGAAUAAAGGCUUGUGAAAAGCUUUUAAGGAGCACAUUAUUUCGUCCAAAGGAUGAUGAGGAAGAUGCCGUAAUUAAAGAAUCGAUGAUAUUGACUUUUACGUUUGGAAUGGCAUUUUUGGUUCCUGCGCUUAUAACAAUAGCAUCGUGGGCAAUAAUGCCGUUCCUGGAUGAAGAAAUGCAUUUACCAAUUGUAGCUUGGUAUCCAUUCAGCAUCGAGCGUCCAAUCAUAUUUGUAAUGACUUAUUUUUACCAAAUUUAUGGAAUUGUUAUGUCUGCUAGCUUUAACGUUUCAACAGACACCUUUGCAUCAUCAAUGAUAUCACAUGCUAAUGGCCAAGUGCAACGACUCGGGAUUCAAUUGAAAAAAAUUGGAUACGAUAAUGGUGAGAGCAUUAAAAAGGACUUAAAAAUACUUAAAAAUCAGUCAGCCAUUUUUGUGGACGACGAUAAGCGUAUGAAUGAAAUGAAUAAGCAAAUCAGUGCAUUAAAGCGGAAGCAUGGGGAAAAUUAUGGUGAAGUCAUUCAAUGCAUUAUUUAUCAUGAGGAAAUAUUAAAAUUCUGUGCUGAAAUUAAAGACAUCUUUAAGGGUCCAAUUUUCGCACAAAUGGUGGCAUCGACUGUUAUAAUUUGCAUGACAUGCUUCUUAUUGGUCAAUCAGAUAGAUCACAUUGGAGCUGCUUCUUCAUCUGUUUCCUACUUAUUAACAAUGGUUACUCAAAUCUUACUCUUCUGUUGGAUAGGCAAUGAAGUGAUUUAUUCGUCUUAUCGAUUAACUGAGCAAGCAUAUUUCUCAAAUUUCCAAUCCUUUGAUCGGAAUACAGCUAAGGCAUUGCUGAUUCUCAUGCAGAGGUCAUCUAAGGACAUUGUUUUAUCUGCUGGGGCUAUUUUUGAAGUUCAUCUUAGUUUGCCAACAUUUAUGGGCAUCAUGAAGUCAUCUUACUCAUACUUUGCUGUUCUGAACAGUAUGCAGAACAAAUAAACAAAAUAUUAUCAAUGAAAAGGCAUAACACAUAGUGAGGAACUCCCAAAAAGUCGAUAUUUGAAAGGAAUGGUCAUAAAAUGACACAUGGUAGAUAUCACAUCCUCAUCUUAAGUAUCAUUGAGAGAGGAUUAUAUUCUCAAAUGUACACUACAAUGAUAUCAUAAUAAAUGCAAAAGAUUGCACCGGAUGAACAAGAUAAUUUUUUACUUCUAUUGCACUCAUCUCUUCCAUUC